AUGACCGGAAAGGAAAGUUGCUGGGCACCACAUUCCCAAGGUUCACCUAUGGCAGCCGUGUCGAUGCUGUUGACUAAAGAAGAAAAAGAAAUAAUACGACAAAUUCUGGAGGAAGAGGAUGCUAGAGCUGUCAGCGAAAUCGAAGAGGGGAAUAGGCAACAAGACGCCGAGUCUAAGGCCAUGGGGCAAAGGAAAAUAGCUCGCCGGCAACGACAACAAACUGAGCGGGCUCAGGCUCAGGCUCAGGCUCAGGCUCAGGCUCAGCAAACCCGAACCCAUCAGGGUGGCCAGCAGACAAAUUGA